AUUUUCUUGGGAAUCCCAUGGAUGUUGUCAACAUGGAUGCUUGAACUUCCCGAAAAAGCUGCGAAAAAGUUUGAUAUACUUAAUGUUAUAUACAUAUAUCUUCUUAAUUCAUUUGAUUCAAACAUUUUCAAUAGAUGCCAUUCAACUGUGCAAUCUGUUAUUCGAAAGUAAACGUGUAAAUCAAGUUUAGAAAAAGUUUCAGAAAGUGGAAGUUUAAGCAAGCAUCCAAACACUAGCAAAAGUAAUCAGAUGGGAUUAAAUUCAUUUCUGUAUAAAGAUGACCGUUGAGCAGCCCGCUCUACAAAGAUUUGGUCAGACAAAAGCUAGUGAUGAUCAUACCUAUGCUACAGUGAAAGAGAUAACUGGUAUCACAGAUCGCAAAAGGAUUUGUCAAGCCAUAGAAGCUUGCCGUAAUAAGGAUGGCAAAUAUGAGGUCACGGAAGUUGUAAACAUGCUGGUUUCUGACACUGCUAUAAAAGCAGAGAACAGCAGUGAGAAAAAGAUGGCUAUAACAUACCUUAAGGACAAGGAUUCUGUCGAUGCAGUUGCUGGUCCACAACAAAAUCUCAACAAAAACUCUAAAGGUGGAGUGAUAGAUCUUACCAAUGUAAGUGACACAAAUGAAACUGAAGAUAUACAGAAAGCAAUAGCAGCAAGUCUAGCUGACAGCGGAGGGCCUUAUCAACAAGAAACUGCUCCAGGUAUUCUAGGUGGCCAGGUUUCCAGGGAGGAGCAAGACAUUAGCAGAGUUUUAGAACAGAGUCUGAUAGAGAGUAAGGCUGGUACAAAGCGUAAGCGGGGAGAUCUCUGGUUUGUUGACCCGCUAAACCCUCACGAGAGGAAACGUAAUGAGGACUGGCCCAUAGGUCUGAAAAAUGUGGGAAACACUUGCUGGUUUAGUGCUGUUAUUCAGUCUUUGUUUCAUCUGCGGAGAUUUCGUCAUCUAGUCCUAACCUAUCAGCCGAACAAAGAGGCUUCACAAUCAGUGACAGGAAAUAUAGAGGUGAGAAGAAAUUUGAGGUUUAUGCAAGAGUUACGUCACCUGUUUGCACUGAUGGUGGGCUCUAAGAGAAAGUAUGUGGAUCCAUCUAAAGCUGUAGAUAUAUUGAAGGAAGCUUUCUCAUCUACUGUAGUCAGUAACACGAGUGUAACAGAUAGUCAACAGGAUGUGAGUGAGUUCCAGCAUAAAUUGUUGGACUGGUUAGAAGAUGCCUUUAAGACUGCUUCGAGACCUUCCACUCCAGCUGAAGGAUCAGAGAAUUCCUCGAGUAGUGAGAAGACAUGCAAUAAUCCAAUGGUAGAUCUGUUCUAUGGACAGUAUAGAGCUGAUGGAGUCAAUGAAGGUAAAGGAUUCAGCAAUGAGGAAACAUUUGGACAAUUUCCCCUACAGGUGAAUGGUUUCAGAGAUAUACAUGAAAGUUUAGAGGCUGCCACUGCCCAUAGAGAAAUAGAAACUGUCAACACUGAAACUACACAAAAAUCUGGACAAGAGUUAUGGUUUACUCGGUUACCGCCUGUGUUGACCUUUGAACUGUCACGGUUCCAGUUCAACCAGCAGAUAGGUAGACCAGAAAAAAUACACAACAAAAUAGAAUUUCCACAUGUCAUUUACAUGGAUAGGUAUUUAGACUGUAACAGAAAUGAAACUAGACAUCGGAGAGAACGAGCGAAGAAAUUAAAAGAAGAACUAGUAUUAUUACAAGCCAAACUGGACAAAUUUAUAAAUUAUGGUUCAGGAGUGAAACGGUUUCCGCUACAAGAUGUGUUGAUAUAUGCCCUAGAGUUUGCCAAGUCUCGCUCAGAAGUCCAGCGUAAAUCUGUUACCUUGUCUCAAGAUGUGGAUAUGGAAUGUCCUUCACCAAACACUAGCAUGAUGGUGGAUUCUCCAAUCAAAUCUCCAGCUGAUGUUGUCAUGGCAACUGUCACCUCACCAUCACCCCUUCAGUCUCCCGAAUCUUCCAACAAGUCACCCUCUACUGCCUCCACCUCCCCCACCCUGCCUCAACCUAUCCCUGACAUAUCAAUGACCCCAGCCUCCCAUAGAACUUCCACAUCAAGCACCCCACCAGACAUUGCCAUGGGAUGUGAGAGCCGAGCUUCUCCAACUACAACAAAGUCUGAAGAAGUCCUUCGUUCUCCGCAGCCGAGACAUGUGUCAGAUGCAGAACUUCUUGUAUUGCAAAACUGUCUUCAUCGAUGGAGGACAGAAGUAGAGAGUGAUGUUAGAGAACUGCAGGAAAAUAUUAGUAGACUAGAGGAUUCAAUCAAUAGGAUGUACAGUGAUGAGGCAAUGACAAAGAAUGCUUAUCACCUACAUGCUGUGUUAGUACACGAAGGUCAAGCGGCCUCGGGUCACUACUGGGCAUAUAUCUAUGAUACAGCCAGUGAACAGUGGCUCAAGUUUAAUGACAUCACAGUGAGUGAGGCAUCAUGGGAAGAACUGGAGAAGGAGAGUGUCGGCGGAUAUCACAAUGCAAGCGCUUACUGCCUCAUGUAUAUAGACAAGUCAAGGAUCACUGAUGAAGCAGUUUCAGGAAAGCCAGGUACAAGUAUGGCAUCUGACCUUGAAAAUCUUCCAGAUGACCUGAAGGAACUGGUUGCCAGUGACAACAAGGUGUUUGCUGAGGAGAUAGAGAAAUGGGAUCGAGAGUUAGCUAGGAAAGCAGCAGGAGGGGGAGACGCAGAUGUGACUGUGAUAGCUGAACAAAAACCAGCAUUGUUAACAGGUUCCAGUUCUAGUACAGUAUCAACACAGACUACGCAGCAGUCUGUCCGUACAAGCUAUGCAAGUGUUCAUGCCUAUCUCUCACUCAAGGAGAGUGUAGCAGCAUUACGUAAGGUGCUAGAGACAGAUGCUUAUGAUAAGAAGGGCCCCACAGAUGCAAUGCAUUUUGGUGUUGAACUGGAACAUAAAAGACUAAAGAAUGUUGUAGGUAAUAUAGAGGCAGAGUUCCCAAUACACGAUCCCCGUCUGCAGCAUAUAGUAACAUACAUGAUGUACUGCGACUGUUCCAACGAGCUUAUUCUCAUAAUGUUACUCGAACAGUUUGCAGAAAUAAUGUGGGAAGAAAAUGAAAAAAUUAAGAAAAUGAAAAUUGCAGCCAUAGAGUGGAGGAAGAAGUUAUUGUCAGAAUCUGAGAAAAUUGAAAAACUUUAUCUGUUUUGGCACGAAACAUACCAGAUUUAUAGGAAAACUGUAGCCUUGUUCGUUAAAGGAGUGUUAACAUAUUUUGAUGAAAAGUACAUUUUGGCAUUGUCAUAUUUGAUCCACGCUCAUAGGUUAUCAGAAGAAAUGAAGAAAAGGCAUAAAAACGCCUGCCUUCCUGAACCCAAAAUUAGUGCUUUCUUCUUAAGACAGACUUUGUUGCAUAUUAAUGACACAAUUACUCAGCAGUUUGAAGAUUUAACUGACGUCACAGGAUUGCUUGAUUCUAUGAAGACGCAUGUGUUGCCGUGCCUACAGACUGUCGUUAACUCUGGUAGUCAGGAGGACAUCACAGCCGUUGAGGAAAUCAGAGAAAAAUGGUGCUCGUUUCUCGGACAGGAAAUGGAAGCACAAAAAAUUGAACAGCUACAAGACUUUUUAUCAAAACUGUUUGAGCCGCCUCUAGACUUACAUAUACCAAAAAUGCCCAGUUUGAAGCAUGAAAGCAUGCAGAAUUUGUACGCACAAUUUGCUAAAGUUAUGGAAAAUGCGCAGGAGUAUGGAUAUAUUGAAAGAGCAUUAAAAAAUUCCUGAUGUUCCGAACUAAAAAACUUGCGGGAAAUACCAAAAUAAUGUGUAAAUGUGUUUUUGCUGUGUGCAAAAUCUCGGUCAUACACAAAAUGAAAACAGCAAGUUGAAAUCCUGAGGAAAAACUGGUUUCUACUGAGGAAAUUCAUCACCAUGGAAACCAUUCAAGGACUGAAAAACAACAGAGAAAAGUGAGGGCCCUAUGUGAUAAUGACACUCGGUCUUAAGUCUAAAGAUAUUAUUAUGUUGCCAUAUAGAAAAAUUUAGGUGAAGCUAGCAAACAGUUUGUAGUUCUCGUUUUCGGAUUGCGUAGGUAAGAGCACUAGAUAAAUGCAUUUAGACAAAGUAUUCUCGAAUUUUAAUAAUUGAUAUAUGAACAUGUGAAAAACAUAUCUUAAAGCUAUUUAAAAGUUUCUGAAAACAGUUAAAAAUUGAACAAAAAUAAUGCUGUGAAACGUGAUAAGAUGACAGAAUGUUUGUCUUCUGUUAUAUGCGGGUUUGUCGUCAGUGUCUUUUAUAUCUGUGAUUUUGAUUAUAAAUACACUGCCUUACACAAGUUUGUUUCUGUCGUACCUUAACUUGUUUGAAAAGCAGUGUAUCUGAAAGUGAAAAAUUUAUCCUCUUAACAUUUUAAGACUUAAAAUUUUUGUUCUUGUACUAACAAAAUUAAGCCAUAUUUUUAUCACAAAAAAUUUAAAAUUUUUAAAGUAGCUUUUUAAAAGGAAAUGUGUUUCAGAAAUAUAGUCUGUCUUUCCUAUAGUCCUCAGUAUUAAAUUGUUUUUUCUUAAUAACAUUGUUAAAUCCUUGAACUCCAUUUUGUUAAUUCAGCCUUAGAAAAUACUUGUUUUAUAAACAAAGAAACAGUCAUAGAUUGUGGUUUUUUUUUUCAGUGUUCUUUAAAGUAAAUGAAUUUGUCAGUUUUAUGCCCCCAGUGUUGAUGACCAGGGAGGCAUGUAGUAUUUGAUCUGUUCAUUUGUCCAUCACACUUCCUUGUUUAUGUCAGCUCAACCAACAGUUGUCAUCCAAUUCAAAUGAAACUAAACAAGUGGGCAUGUUACUUUAAUAAAACAUUUAUGUCUGAUUACUUUUUUUUUUCAAAUAAGCCCCUUUUUGGACUUGCUGUUCAAUCAAGCAGUUUCAGAGGGAAUUUGUCAUACAAUGUUGACAUCACUUUUGUUGAAAUAUGUAUUUUGUAUGUGUUCAAUGACUUUAAGAAAUGUCACAGUUUUCCAUCCAUGUCUAUUUUAUAUGCAGUGUUCUAGGACUGAAUAAUUUUGCCUUCUUUGUGUUUAAUCAUAAACCCAGCUUGAAAUAUGAAGAUAUCUUUUCAGUUGAAAUUGUUUUAUUUAAUACUAUAGGUCAAUAAAGUCAUUUCUACUUUGUUAGGAGUAAAUUUUCAGGCUUGUGAAAAUUCACAUAGCCGAAUGAUAAUAUCUGAAUUCUGCACUGCUUUUGAUUGCCAUUUUAUUUAGCAGAUACCUACGUACAAACUCUCAGCAUCAGUGAGUCAUUAAGAGAUAAAACUUAUUUUAUUAGGUUGAAGUCUUAACCUUGAGUACUGUCAUUUUUAGUCAGUUAAUUUAAUAAAUAUUACAUUGACAUGUUACUUUGAA